AUGUCAAUCCACGUUUUUCUUGUUUGCUGCUCAAUUCACGAAAUUCCUGAAUUCCAUCAUCUCCUUUCUAUCUAUAAACCCACGGUUGCGUUUGUGACUGAAACAUGGCUUAGCACAAAAAUCGAAAACAGUGAAAUCACUUCAGAAUUGCCUUAUCUUAUUGUCAGAAAAGACAGAAUAGGAAGGAGAGGGGGUGGAAUAUGUAUCCUACUUCAGAGUCAGGUUGAUUUCAAACCGGUACAAUUUCACGUUCCUAACCUUGCCGCAGACGUUCUCUGUAUGGACAUUCUGAAUAAUAGCCUCGACUAUACUCGUUUUGUGCUUGUAUAUCGACCUCCAAGUCAUACCCUGGCUGAGGAUGUUGAGCUCUGUGACCUUUUAUCUGAUCUGUGUUCUGUCACGAGGAAUGUUGUGCUCCUGGGGGACUUUAACCUAGAUAUCGAUUGGUCAAUCACUCAUGCCCCCUCGCCAAGACAAAGCAGAUUUCGCCGUUUUACCUCACUUUUCUCCCAUCUUGUUCUUGGACAGCGUUGGCUCUGGAAUAGUCUUUGGAAGCGGGCGGGUUCAAACAUUGGGUUGGCGCAUCGAUCAGGAAGAGCCAACGUAGAUGCAAUCAAUUCUGAAUUGGAUAGGUUCAAUUGGCUCGAUUUAUUCAAUGGAUAUCACACCAUUGACGAUGUCUACAAUCGAUUCUUGACUGCUGUUCAUUCUCUUAUCGAUCGCUAUGUGCCAAUGAGAAGAAUGAUACACCCUUUUGAUAAGUACCCGCAGCACAUCAAAAAUCUUUUUCACCAGAGAGAAAGAUUGUUCAGUACACUUGAAGACCCCCUAUUGUCUGACAGGUAUAACAGAGUCAACAGAGAUUUCACGUUCCACCUCAAACGUUAUCUUGCCUCCAAAGAAAGGAAACUUUCUGAGUGCCGUAAUAUGAAGAAUCUAUUUUCAUAUGUUAGCAAGCGCUUAGGCAAGAAAAAGAAAUCUUUUUGUUUAUAUGAUUCCGAUGGUCGUGUUCUUACCACUGAUUCUGAGAAAGACCAACCUAUUCCUAAGAAGCCUUCCGCUUCUACGCCUGAUGAGUUUAGGCCUAUCAGUAUUACACCGACACCGUGUAAAGUUAUGGAGAGAAUUUUGAAAUCAUGCCUGCUAGACUGGCUCGUCAAACAUGACCUCGUCCCUCAUGAGCAGUUUGGUUUCAUUAAAAACUCGUCUACAUGCUUGCAACUUCUUGAAUGUACCCACAUGUGGGUGGAUGCUCUCAAUUCAUCGAAAAAUGUCAGUGUCAUUAAGGCGUUUGACACGGUGAACCACGUAAGGCUCUUGAAAAAAAUGCAUAGUCUCGGCAUUAGAGGAGCCUUAUUUAACUGGCUCAAGUCCUAUCUUUCUGAUCGUAGCUUUGUCGUGCAUGUCCAUGGUACCUUCUCGCUGAGGAAAAGCUGUCCGUGUUCUAUCCCCGCUUCUAUUUUUGAUGUACACGAUCUUCCAUCGGCGCUUGCAUUCGACCCUGAUAUCAAGGUGUAUGCCUUUGCUGAUGACGUCAAAGCCUUUACUAGCUUUGACAGUGGCCAGUUCGCUAAUAUGCCAACUUUGAUGAAUGACGUUCUGUCCCGUAUGUCCUCAUGGACUCAUGAAUGGGGUCUUAAGCUCAACUUUGCAAAAACUUGUGUGCUUACUCUGGGUAAAAGACUGCCUCAUUUUGCUAUUGAGGGAUUACCUCCAUCUAGUAUAGUCAGUCAGGCUCGUGAUCUGGGGAUAACUGUAUCGAGGUCGAUGAAUUGGGAAAGUCAUAUUGAGGGUAUAGUUUCUAAAGCUCUUCGGUGCCUCCACAGUUUGUUUAGGAUAGUCAGGACGUCAGACUUGACCAUCCUAAUCAGGCUGUAUAAAGCUUAUGUUCUUCCCAUUCUUGAGUAUUCCAGUCAG